GCUCUCUUCGAAGAGAGAGAGAAAUAAAUACGUGAUUGGCGUCUUAAAUUUCCUGUUAGAGAAAAGAAAUUUAAAAUAGAAUAAUUUUGUUACGUUCGACCGUUCGACAUAUGCAAAUGACUUCAACUGCAUAUUUACGCAUAACAUAUAGUAAAUAUGGCGGCUAGUAAGUUUACAUCCCAAACUAGAAAUUUCCCUAGCAUAAUAAUGAAGUAGCUUAAUUUGCAAGAUAAACAUGGUGAAUGUCCUAAAUGAUUCCGAUAGCGAGGAUGAAUUACCUCCUGGAUGGGAGGAAAGGGCUACUGUAGAUGGGAAUGUUUAUUACGUAAAUCACUAUACGAAAGGUACACAAUGGACCCAUCCUAGAACUGGGCGUAAAAAAAUUGUUGAAGGAGAAUUACCAUCUGGUUGGGAGAAAUGUAUAUCUGAUGAUGGUAAAGUUCUCUUUGUCGAUCACAUGAAUCGUACUACUACUUACACUGAUCCCAGGCUGGCUUUUGCCACAGAAUAUAGAGAAAUUUCACAACCAGUACGGCAAAGGUUUGAUGGAAGUAGUACAGCCCUUUCAGUUUUACAUGGUAGAGAUUUACGUGGUAAAUUAGCACUUGUCACUGGUGCUAAUACUGGAAUAGGUUUCGAAACAGCUAGGUCAUUAGCUUUACAUGGUUGUUAUGUUAUACUUGCUUGUAGAAAUUUAAAAACAGGUGAAGAGGCAGUGAAAAAAAUAAGACAAGAAAAAGAAAAUGUAAAUUGUGAAGUAUUAGAAUUAGAUUUAACGUUGUUACAAAGUGUACGUAAUGCUGCAGAAAAGUUUAAACAAAAAUAUAGGACUCUUCAUAUUUUAAUAUUGAAUGCUGGUGUUUUUGCGAUUCCAUAUGAACUUACAAAAGAUGGUUAUGAAACAACAUUCCAAGUAAAUCAUCUUUCACAUUUUUAUUUUACACUUUUAUUGGAGCAUCCAAUACGCAGUUGUCAUAAUGCAAGAAUAAUAUUUGUUUCCAGUGAAUCGCAUAGAUUUUCUUCUAUACAACAUGUAGAAGAUAUUCAUCCUUUAACUUUAUCACCACCUAGAUAUCAUUAUUGGCCAAUGGGUGCAUACAAUGAUUCAAAACUUUGUAAUAUAUUAUUUGCACAAGAAUUAUCUAAACGAUGGCCUGCAGUAAGUGUAUUUAGUUGUCAUCCUGGCAAUAUGGUUUCUUCAUCUUUACCUCGUUAUUCGUGGAUUUUCCGAAUAUUAUAUGCCAUAGUGAGACCCUUCACCAAAUCAUUGCAACAAGCAGCAAGCACAACAAUUUUUUGUGCAACUGCACCAGAAUUAGAAGGAGCAACAGGACUUUACUUUAAUAAUUGUUAUCGUUGUGAUCCCUCAAAUUUUGCAGUAGAUUCUGCAUUAGCAAGUAGAUUAUGGUCUGUUUCUCAAGAUAUGAUUAUAAAUGUUAUGAAAAAAGAUAAACUUUGGCAAGAAUUAGCUUUAAAAUAAUUUGAUAAAGUAUUCCAUAAUAUCAUA